AUGCCAAUGUUGAAGAGCAACCAAACCUUGAUUCCGAGCGCCAAGUGUAUAAACAACAAGAAAGCAAUGGUUAAAAAACAAUUAUCCACGCCGAUCAAUGUAACGACGAAGUUAUGUGCCAAGAAGAAAAGUGCAACGAACAUUCAAAAUAAGUUUAAAAGCUCUAAGCCAGUAGCUUCCAAAAACGUAUGCGUAGUAAGUAAAAAUCAGCCAGUAUCAAAAUGUAUAGCAACAUCUCCGUUGGUAAAUGAAGUCGAGGACAUUUCAAAUGACGGGACAGAAAAGAAUGAGGAAAAAACCAAAUCUUUAACGAGCUGCGUUAUAAAAUCGAAUCUGCCGUUCAUAAAAGAGAAUUGGAUUUGUAUGUCAGACCACGAAAAACAACAGUCAACAGUGAAUCUUUUAAAUGAAAUCAAAGACAACAUAAUAACUGCGUACCAAAUGAUGACCGAUUUCCGUAAUACCGAUAUUUUACAAAAGCAACUUGCCGAUUUAACGGAAAUGACAACGUUCAUAAACGGUGGUAUUAAAUCAGACGAAGCGCUGAACACAAACACAAAAGUAAUUGUACAACCGGAGUUGGUCGUCGAGACACAUGACAAAGAGAUUCAGACAACCGGGGUCCACCUGGAAGAGUUAGAAAAUGAUUUGAAAAUUACAUCCGAAGAAAAUUCACGAUUAAGUUCGGAGUUGGACGCGGCGAACAAAAACGUUGAGCAGUUAAAAUCUGAAUUAGAAAACAAAACGAACGAAUUAAAGAGUACAUCAGAUCAAGUCUUGAAUUCAAACUUAAAGGUCAAAGAAUUGAGCGGUACAAUGGACGAUUUAAAAAAAAUUAUUCUGGCAAAAGAUGAAAAAAUAAACGCACUGUAUGAUCAGAGAAACGCAUUUAAAUACGAGUUGCGCGACAAAAUCAAAGAGGCAGACAAGAUUUCGGAAGAGCUGAUUGUUGAAAAAGAAAGAGAGAAUGUGAUUGCAGUGCAGAUACAGUUAAUACACGAAUUAAGAGAAGAUAAUACAGCCAAAGUGUACGAGAUAGACAGUUUGAAAUCCAAAGUUAAUUGGUUGCAAAAUACAUUAAAAUCAAAAGAAAACUGUUUAAUUACUAAGUGUGUGCGUGAAAAAUUGGAAUCGAAUAUCAAGGAGCUCGAAAACAAAAACGAGCAAUUGCAAAUGGACGUCCGUAGGUUAUUGAACACGAACGAAAAAUAUACUUCAGAAAUAUGUGAGGAAAGGGCUGAACUAGUUAAAUGUCUAAACAUGAAAGAGGAUCGCUUAAGAGAUCUAGAGAAUCUCGUAAGUUUGAUGAGGGAGUAUUUAGCAGAUGAAGAGAUCAAUACUAAUAAGACAAAAAAAACGAUAAAACAAAUGAAACUUGUGUGUGACGAUAUCAAAAAAACCAAGGAACGUUAUGUGAAUAGUUAUGAGAAUAACCAUGGUAUGACAUGGAUACACAUUUACAUAUGGAUAUGUCUUAUACACAACACCAACGAGUAA